CCUCAAACAUCCUCCUCCAGCGCGAAAAAACGCCUCCGGACUGAAAGAAAUGCACAGUCUUUGAGAUUCUCAGCGGUGAACAAACUCAGCACUCCUGUUCCAAACGAGAUAAAGAUGCCCUGCCCACUGACACAGUGACUUCAAGAAAAGUCUACAACAUUCCCACUGAAUCCCUCAUCCAUGAUGAACACUUCAGAGGCCACCCUAUCACUUUGGGCCAUCAAUGCCAACUCCAGCCCCGUCUUGGACCUCCUCAAUGCCACCGAGACCCCAUCCCAUGCCAAGCCUAAAGCAUGCGAGCAGCUCAACAUCGCCACAGAGGUGUUCCUCAUCCUUGGCAUCAUCAGUCUCCUCGAGAACAUCCUGGUCAUCUGCGCCAUAGUGAAAAACAAAAACCUCCACUCGCCCAUGUACUUCUUCGUCUGCAGCCUGGCCGUGGCCGACAUGCUGGUGAGCGUCUCCAACGCUUGGGAGACCAUCAUCAUCUACUUACUCACCAACCGCCAGCUGGUGGUGGAGGACCAUUUCAUCAGACAGAUGGACAAUGUUUUUGACUCUAUGAUCUGCAUCUCUGUAGUGGCAUCCAUGUGUAGUCUUCUAGCUAUAGCCGUUGAUCGCUACGUCACGAUUUUUUACGCUUUACGAUAUCACAACAUCAUGACAGUGCGCCGGGCCGCGCUCAUCAUCGGUGGAAUCUGGACCUUCUGCACCAGCUGUGGAAUAGUCUUCAUAAUCUAUUCUGACAACACGUCUGUCAUUGUGUGCUUGGUCUCUAUGUUCUUCAUCAUGCUUGCACUCAUGGCCUCCCUCUACAGCCACAUGUUCAUGCUGGCACGAUCUCACGUCAAACGCAUCGCCGCGCUGCCGGGCUACAACUCCAUCCACCAGAGAGCCAGCAUGAAGGCGGCUGUCACCCUGACCAUCCUUCUGGGGAUCUUCAUCGUCUGCUGGGCUCCGUUCUUUCUCCACCUCAUCCUCAUGAUCUCCUGUCCCAGAAACCUCUAUUGCAUGUGCUUCAUGUCGCACUUCAACAUGUACCUCAUCCUCAUCAUGUGUAACUCAGUCAUCGACCCUCUCAUUUACGCUUUCAGGAGUCAGGAGAUGCGGAAAACACUGAAGGAAAUCAUCUGCUGCUACAGCCUGAGGAACGUCUUUGGAAUGUCCAGGUAGUUUCAAACCCCCAAAAAUGAGAGAUGGAUUAUCAUAUCACAAGAAUUAAAAACGUUUGAGAAGGAUGUCUCAACCCUGCCUUGAUCAUGAUGGAGAGCAUGAUUUUUGUGAUGAUAUCAAGCAUACUCUCUCAAACUUGCAGAAAGCUGGACCGUCAAUCAAGAGCUCUUCAAUGCACAAAACAGAAUGCCUAAUGAGACAACUGUUGAUAAUAAAUGCAAAUAUUGUUGGAGAAUUAAGGAGGUCUUAGAAGUAUGGAACAAUAAAAUCCUCAACAGACAAUGUGAUUUAAUAUCACAAUCUCCAGAGACACACAGGAGCCGUUGAUCAAAGCCUGGGGAAAAAAAAGUGCAAUCAUUUGUCAGAUUAAUCCUGUAAAACACAGCCUGAUGUAAAGCUGUAUAGGUAAGAUGACACUGUAUUAUAGCAUGCAACUCACAUUGCUGUUCUCUGUGGUUGCCAUUGAAAGUGAGAAAGUAUGAGCUACCGAAUCAUAAGAUGAACUUCAAUACCAGCAGUUAAUAUACAAUAUAUACACACAUUACAAGACAGAACAUAUGAAGUACACUUAAAGAAAAGAAUCUUAAGAUUUCAAAGCCUAUCAUAUCACUAACAAUUUUUUUACAGUCUAUGAAGGCAUCAGGAGUUUUGUAAUAGUGCCUGUAUAAUAAUGUGUGUAUUUAUGUAGCUGCAAAAACAAACUAGACAUAUAUUGAUAUAAAAAAAGCAUAACAAAGAGGUUCUACCUUAUUAUACUGUGCAACCACAAAAAUAAAAAGCUAAACAAAACGACAUUAGUAUUUCUGACUUGUCAUCACACUUAAAAGCAUUUAUGGAUAUGCUGACAAUUUAUAUAUUAUUAUCUUAAGCACGAAUAUGUAUUUGAAGUUGGGGGUCUGCAGUUAUUCUCAUUCUGUGUAUUUGCCACUGACCCUUCAAAUGUAAUGACAUUAAUUUCUUUGGCUUUAAAAAAAUAAAAACUUUUUCAUAGAUGUCUGUUUGCUGUAAAGUUUCAGGGUGAAAAUCAGUGUUCAUGGUGUUUGUCAUUAUGCUGCUUACUGUCUACUGCUACUGAAUAAGUAAAUCUGUACAGAUGGAGGUAAAAGCAAAUGUUUUGUUGUUUGUCGUCUCUGCUGCAUUCAGUCAGUCACUCGGUGACCUUUCAAGAUAAAGUCUAAUACAUAACCAGAAAUAAAACGAGGACAAAAUUACACACAGGAUUCCACCGAUUAAUCCAUGUGUAAUUCUUAUAAACCAUGUUCAUCUAGACUACAUGCACCUGUUUUUUUAACCUGGUUGACCAAAUGCAAUUAUAUUGCUAUAUUCAGGAGACUUGGGCUAGUUUUCAAACUCAGUGCUGCAGUGAAUAUUUCUCUGGGGGGUAUUUUUAUUAUUACAUUCUACACUCGCAGAGAAAAAGGUACAAAAGCUGUCACUAGGGUGGUACAAAUAUGCUCCCUUUAAGCAUCAACAGGGUACCAAGGUGAACAUUUUGAAAAGGGUACUAUGUCAGUGAAAGCUUUUGUAGCUUUAUUUUAUUUUUUGUGUGUAUUGAGAAACUGCAGAAAUGUCAAAUGUGACUUAAAUUCCAAACUGUAUACAACUAUAACUCAUCUUAAAAAUAUGUGACAACUUCACUAGUAUGGAGGAUACGAUUCUGAUAAUAAACCUCUGCAUUUACUGUAUGAAUGUUUUGAACUGGAUUUUAUUGAGAUUUGCAGAAAACAGUCUAUAAAAGGCUUUUGACUCAGAACAAUAGGUUAAUAAGAUAUGUGAUAGCUAGCCCUGUCUUAUCCAACAGCCUACAAAAUGUACUUUAGAUUUCAUAUGCGAUGCUGUCCAUGCUAUGUACAUUCAAUGAAAUGUUUUAUAUAGAAGUUACAGUUUGCUUCUUGUAGUAUUUUAAGUUGAUCCUUGUCACUUCUGUUGAAGUCAGAAUUUAAAGGUGUAAGUAUUUAGUCUCUGGUGUGUAAAUAUGCUCAUUUUGGCUGUUCGUCAGCUUGAUUUUUUCCCCAAAGUCUCUGACUUUGUGAAAUGCCAUCCCUUCUUAAAUGGGCUCAUGAUGGUUUUCAUAGAAUGUGCCUUGACUGUGUUUUGUGCUGUCAAAAUGACCUGCAGUC